AUGGCGCAUGGCAUGUUUAGCCUUCUUCCCUCCUGGCCCUCUGCGAUCGGAGGGAACAAGGUAAUGGGCGAGGAAGUCAAGAUGCUGGGUCCCUCCAGCUGCGCGCCCGGGGUCAACGGCAUCUCGCUGCCCCCGAUGCUCAAGCGCAAACGUUCAGAUUCCUCCACGGCCGAUGCUCCCACCACGACCAAAAUUCGCACCGAAGAUCCCGUCGCCUUCUCAUCACAGCCAACGCCAUCGCCGACCGUCGCUUCCGUGUCUGACCCCGUUGCAUCGCCCGUCGCGCCUUCCCCCUCGGUCGCGGCCGCCCGUCCCCCGGCGCAGGCCGCCUCGGGCAAACCGGAUGUGAAUCGCUUGCGCGAGACCGUCACCGCUCAAAUCAGCUUGGAAGUGCUGUUGAAGCACAACGAGUUGCGUCUGAUCGACCAGGAGAUCGCCAAGUGCCAGGUUGCGCUGGAGCAGCUGCGCCGUUGUUCAGAGAUUCCGUAUCCCGGGUCUGCGGUCGCCGGCGUGUCGGUCGACGUCAGUUCUGGCUCGGGCGCAUCGUUGCUGCAGCCUGGAAAUGGCGCAACACCGCUGUCGCCUGCGCCCUGGGGUGUCACCGAGGGACCUUACUCGCGUCACUACGCGAGAUGGCUUCUCCCGGAUCCUCGGUUUGACGGCGGUGAAGUUGAGUCUGGUUUGUCUGCGACCGCUGGUGCUGGCCUUCCGCUGGUCGAGGGCCGGUCCACGCGCGGAAAUCCAGUCGACUUCAGUGUCCUGGCGGGCAAGACGCGUCCUUCGCGGAAUUCCACGGGUGCCAAGCUGCAGGCUCUGCCGAGCGGGUAUCCCGUUGUCAAGGAAAAGGCGGGCCCUAUGAUCGUCCGACGCAAGUCGGACCAGGUUAUGGUCAAACUUGUCUGUCUGGACUGUCGGAGGGACAACUUCUCCAGUACCCAGGGUUUCAUCAACCACUGCCGUAUUGCGCACAACCGGAACUUCGCUAGUCAUGACGCUGCCGCGAUGGCAUCUGGUGAACCAGUCGAGGUCGACGAAGCUGGCACCGUCGUCGGUGGCCGCAGUGAGUCGACCAGCAGUGUCGCAACUCCGGGUUAUGUUCACCCGUUGAUACGCUCCUCUACUCAACUCCCGACACCCUCAAAUGCACUUCCCACUCCAUCCAAGUAUGCAGUCACUCCUCGGAAACAGUCUGAAUUCAUCUCCGCGGUCGCUACCCCUCCCGCCACCGUCCAGCCUACUCAGUCGCCUCGUCGCCAUACGGAGCCUGUCAAGGCUGCUGUGAAUCCCUCGUUCAUGGCGUCUCCCGCCACUCCCCACCUUUCUGCUCUCAUGCGAGACCGAGGCCUCGGUUUGAACAUGAGCAAGUUGGUGGAAGAGUCAAGGACGCCUGUGGAUCUGAGUGGCCUUUCCGAUGAUGAGUCGGAUAGCGAAGAAUCCGGACAACCAACCAGCAGAGCCAGCCAGGAGCCCUCUCAACAGCCCACUCCUGCCGCUCGACAGCCGAUGCGCAUGCCCACCGCGCAAGCAGCAUCGGAGCGAACUGAGAGCCGUAAGGGUCUCGAAAGAGCAACCCACGGUCCUCAGCUGUCGCAUGAGAUGAGUCCCUCCCGACCCCAGUCUCACCAGCAGUCGAACAUCGUGGAAUUCUCGCUGUCCCGUCCGUUCCACCCGUCGCUGGCCGAUACUUCCCGUGAUGGGGAAGGCAUCGACCACCCGGCGAAUCUCAGCCCGCAUACGAUAGAGUCCAACCAAGCUCCUAGCUUGGUGAGCGAUGACGAAGAUGACUACGAGGCAGCUUCGGACUCUGACAGCCCCAGCUCUGAGGCCGGUGAUCAGGAUCAGGACUUCCGACACAUCGAAGUGGAAGAUGACGAACGCACUGCUGCGCCACCUGCUGCCGAGGCCAAACCCGGUCCCUCGCUGGCAAGUCCCGCACCGCAACCUGCCCCCACUCUCUCCAAGCCCUUGAAGAAGAGUCGGUCGAAGAACAUCUCCAUGAUGCCCUUCAGCGACCGCAGCCAAGACGAGCGCGUGAACUACGUCCGUCCAACCGAGGACCCUUCCCAGCGAAACCCCGGUCGGAAUCCUUCUCAGCCUCGAUGA